AUGUUCUCCAACUCAUCCCGUUCCUCUACCCAUCGAGGAAAACACGGAAAGUCCUCCUCGUCCUCAUCUUCAUCCUCAUCCCACAAGCGUUCCUCCAAGUCCGCAAGCAAGCCUAGCAACAGCGUUGUCAAAGCUGUUGAACAGGACAUCUACCACCAAGAGAACACGUCUUUGUGGGAAGAUGUCAAGGUCACCGAGGGGAACCCUAGCACCCUCGUCCUCGCUCUUGUGGCACCAGAGCAACACAAAGCUAUGAGAAAGCUCAUUGAUGAUAAGAUGAAAAAGAAGAAAAUUCACUCGUCUCUAUCCCACCUUGAGAGAUGGCUUUGCCUUGACAAUUACGAUAUAAUGAACGACAUUUCUGAUUGGACUUCAGGAUCAUCUGUCGUAGUCACCACCCAAGACCAACUUCAGGACCACCUUGGAAGCGCUAUGACCAACAGCGUCGCCGCGAAGAAGGCCUUCAAGACUUUGUACCUUCUUGUGAGCUCCACAGUUGCUGAGUUGACAUACAACAUCGAAGGCUUUGUCGACAAAGUCUUCAUCAGGCCUUGCGGAGCUGGCGGUCGACCGGAUGCACUUCGUAUCGGAAGCUCCUCAACCUACUGCGGUGUCAAAACCUUCAAUUGGGACGCUCGCCCUUCCCAGCUCCAGCAGAGUAACAAGGAGUUGACCCACCUCAAUGGUUGCAACUUUGACCUUAGUGACUGUUCACAGGAAGACCUUCAGAUUCUUCAGCAGCCCAGAGAGUCUCCUGAUCUUUCACCUGAAGACAAAUACAACACCAUGCAGAGAGUUCAAGAGAUGAGAGACAUAGAAGUCAGUGAGAAAGCCAGGAAUUCAUCUAGUAGUUGUGCUGAUGGCACAGAAGCGUGGUUCCAGAAGUGGAAGAGCUUCUUAGCUACAGUCAUGGCGGCUGGUGCAGGCGCGGCUGGCAUGACCAGCGGCUUCUGGAUGAGUGCUGGUGGCAUCUCGGUCAAAGGCCCUUUUGGACUCUAUAUGGCCGCUGGGUAUGCUACAGUAGGUGGCUUCGGAGCCGUUGGUGCUGCUGGAGUCGGCUCAGCGGUUGCCGCUUACGGCAUGGUAUACUUUAUUCCUUGGGAUCGUGUUUGGGAUCUCCUUCGAGCCAAACUUUGGCAGAUUUGGGAUAAGAUCUGGGAAGUUCUCGUUUGGAUCAAGGAUAAGCUGGCCGAACUGGCAAGUACUGUUCUUACUAAAGUGUCGUUGGUUGUUCGGGGUGCUCCAAAGCCUGCUCGGCUUUCGAUGUGA